AUGUCCCGCUCCAUGCAGCCAAUGGCCAAGAAGAUCUUUAAAGGCGUUUUGGUGGCAGAACUGAUAGGCAUCUUUGGGGCCUAUUUUCUGUUCAAUAAGAUGAACACAAGCCAAGAUUUCAGGCAGAAGAUGAGCGAGAGGUUCCCCAUCGUCCUGGAAGUUUAUUACAAAUCCAUGGAGCAAUCUGGGACGCACGGCAUUCGAGAGCAGGAUCAAGAGAAAUGGUUCAACGGCAGGAGUUAGACGCCGAUGUUGUCGAACUUGGAGCCCACGUUCUCAUCCAACAAGUGGCCAAACUUAGACAAAGAAAGAAAAAGGGAGACAUCUAUUAGACAGCGUCCAGCAGCCGCAGGACGGCGGAUUCCGGAGAUUGGCGGCCUCUUACCUCCUCAGCAGAUACGAACAAGCUGGAGUCAUCGAAGCCUUUCUUCUUUUUCUUUGGCCCUAGAAACAAAACAAUAAAACGUA